CAAUUAUUUUCUUAAUUGCUUUAGUUUCUAUCAUACGUCUCUGAAAAAUAUAGACAUCUUACUAUUCGAACAAUUUUGUUUUUGAAAUGAACCCUGUUGCUCUGACACUUUCCACAAAUAGGAAAUCAAAAAUUCAAAAUCAACCGCUUAACUCUGGAUAGCGCCCGGGAAUUUAUUGUUCAAUAUGAACAAAUAUUUCUAUUGGAAAUACAUACGUCGACUGCUGAUACAUAACGUAAGUUUAAAAAAUGUGU